CUCUAUAAAUAAUAAAUGUAUCCCACUCAUUUACACCCUCCCCCUCCUACUUCAAAAAGUCAGCGCCUUCUUUUGUCUUCUUCUUUCUCUCUCUCUGUAGAAAAAGUCAAAGAUAAAGCAGAAUGAAAGCAGAUUGGGAUCUACAUGCGGUCGUCAGAAGCUGUACCAUCGCAGCAAACACCACCACCACCACCGUCACUAAAUCCAGCGACAGCGCCAUCAAUUUUAGUAACUUCCAACCAAGAACAAGUAAGAACGACAACGACAACGCCGACAACAACUCUUUAUUUUGCUUUCAAGAUCUGGUGGUCGAGCCGAAAAUAUUAUUACACAGAAAUAGUACUGAUUUUGAAGAGUUGCAUGAAUUGUGCAAGCCUUUUAUUCCUCAUCAAUCAGAGCGAACAACUAUUUCAUCAUCGCAGAGAUUAUUAUUACCUAUCUCACCCAUCUCUGUGCUCGGGCAAUUACAAGAUCUACCACCACCACCAACACCGUCACAGCAACAGCAACAGCAACAGCAUGUUCAUCAGCUUACUAAUACGAAACUAAUUCAACCCAAGAGACCUUUGACUUGUACUUUACAUGCUCAAAGUCCAAGAAACAAAAGAAGGAAGAACCAAUUGAAGAAAGUAUGCCAAGUAGCUGCAGAUGGUUUAUCUUCUGAUAUGUGGUCUUGGAGAAAAUAUGGACAAAAACCCAUUAAAGGUUCCCCAUACCCAAGGGGAUAUUACAAAUGUAGCACUUCAAAAGGUUGUUUGGCCCGAAAACAAGUGGAGCGGAAUAGAUCCGACCCGAAUAUGUUCAUUGUCACCUAUACAGCUGAGCACAACCAUCCUAUGCCAACGCACAGAAAUUCCUUAGCCGGAAUCAGCCGCCAAAAAACGGCGAAACCCACCACCUCAUCGCCGGUUUCUUCGCCGCCGACCAACUCUCCGGCGCCGGAAAAUCAAGAAAGCAGCAGGGACGAGAAAGAGGAUAUGUUUGAAGACGACGAUAAUGAAUUUGGUGUUUCCGAUGUUGGGUUGGGAAUAUUGGAACCGGACGAUGAUUUCUUCGAUGGUUUAGAUGAGCUUGAAAUUCCGGCCACCGGAGAUAGCUCGCCGGAGAAAUUUCCGGGGACUUUGCAGUUCCCUUGGCUGGCGAAUAAAGCCGCAACUACGGCGGCCGGCGGUGGUUGACCGGCCUGCCGGUAAAGGACACGUGGCAGAAAAGUUGAAGAAAUGAUGCUUUUCUUCUUUUUAGUUUGUAGUAUUUUUUUUUUUGGCCGUUAGAGAUAGGAAGAUAGAAAAGAGAGAAUCACAAAUGUCUUCUUUAUUGAUUUUGUAGGUGUAACGUAUAAUUCCAUUCCCCCAUCAUAAUAGAGAAAGAGAGGCAUGUAGAAAAAAAGGAAAGAAAGUUAUUCAUUUUUUUUUAAUUCUUUUAAAAAAAAUGCUCUAUUAGAAUGAUAGGGGUAUAUAAAAUAUAUGGGUAUAAAUUUCAUUAGCGUUUGUGUUAAAUA